GGACGGACCGUCGGACUGCAGUCCGGAUCCGCAAGGUGAUCGCCGCCUUACUCAGAAUCCGGACGCCCCCGACCUAAUGUAGCAGCGAAAUAAGUUCCAAGGCCGACGGCUAUUACAUUCAGACGUUUCCACCAACGCACCAACAUCUCUUUUCAGAUUCCAUGACAAGGAUAUCCUAGCUGCGAAAGAACACCGAAUUGGGAGUCAGACUGACAGCCUGGGUUCUAGGCCUGACUGUCAUUAACUGGUGGGGAAACAUGAACCAGAAGAUACUGAAAUUGGAGAACUUGAUACGAUUUCACACUGUCCUUAGGCAGCUGCACAGCCUGGGUCAAAGAAGAAUGUUAGCACAGUGGAGUCCUGUGUUUUCAUCUGCCUACCCAGUGUGGACAGCUCAGCUCUGCAUCCGGCCCUGGCAAACAGACCCACUCGUUGGGGUGGCUUUAUCUCAAUAUAGGCUUCUAGUAACAAAGAAGGGGGAAAAAGCACAGAGAUCUCCGUUAUCUUCAUCAAAAUCCAAAAAGGAAGUGGAGGUAUGGAUUGGAAUGACUGUUGAGGAACUGGCCAGAGCAAUGGAAAAAGACAUAGAUUGUGUGUAUGAAGCUUUAAUGAACACUGCUAUUGACAUAGAUUCACUAGAAGCACACUCACAUUUAGAUGAAGUCUGGAUCAAAGAAGUGAUAAAGAAGACGGGGAUGAAAUUAAAAUGGAGCAAAUUAAAACAGGACAAAGUCAGAGAAAAUAAAGAUGCUGUAAGAAGGCCUCAGGCAGAUCCAGCUUUAUUAACCCCAAGGUCCCCAGUUGUUACUGUAAUGGGCCAUGUUGAUCAUGGGAAAACGACGUUACUUGACAAACUGCGAAAAACUCAAGUGGCAGCAAUGGAAGCUGGAGGCAUCACUCAGCACAUUGGUGCCUUUCUUGUAUCUAUGCCUUCUGGGGAAAAGAUAACCUUUCUUGAUACUCCAGGACAUGCUGCUUUCUCAGCAAUGAGAGCCAGAGGUGCUCAGGUCACUGACAUUGUCAUAUUGGUUGUAGCUGCAGAUGACGGAGUGAUGAAACAAACUGUAGAAUCUAUUAAGCAUGCCAAAGAUGCUCAAGUUCCUAUUGUCGUUGCUAUAAACAAAUGUGACAAAACUGAGGCUGAUCCUGAAAAAGUGAAAAAAGAAUUGCUAGCUCAUGAUGUGGUGUGUGAGGAUUAUGGAGGUGACGUUCAGGCAGUACACAUCUCUGCACUCACGGGCGAUAAUCUGAUGGCUUUGGCAGAGGCAACAAUUGCUCUGGCAGAAAUGUUAGAAUUGAAAGCAGACCCCAAUGGUCCAGUAGAAGGAACAGUAAUAGAAUCUUUCAUGGACAAAGGAAGAGGACCUGUUACUACAGCUGUAAUUCAAAGAGGAACUUUGAGGAAAGGCUCCAUUCUGGUUGCUGGAAAGAGUUGGGCAAAAGUACGCUUAAUGUUUGAUGAGAAUGGAAAACCAAUCCAUGAGGCCUGUCCCAGCACGCCAGUGGGAAUUGUAGGCUGGAGAGACCUCCCGUCUGCAGGAGAUGAAAUUCUUGAAGUAGAAUCUGAGCCUAGGGCACGUGAAGUUGUUGACUGGCGGAAGUGUGAGCAAGAACAGGAGAAAAACAAAGAGGAUCUGAAAAUAAUAGAAGAAAAGCGAAAGGAACACCAAGAAGCACAUCGGAAAGCCCGUGAGAAAUAUGGCACUUUGCACUGGAAGGAGAGAUCAUUUCUAAAAUACCAAGAAAAAAAAGAACAAAAACCCUUAAGGACAAAAGAGAAAGAAGAAAGGGAUUCAAAUGUACUUCCUAUAAUUAUUAAAGGUGAUGUUGACGGUUCUGUUGAAGCCAUUGUGAACAUUAUGGAUACUUAUGAUGCUUCACAUGAGUGUGAACUUGAAUUAGUACAUUUUGGUGUGGGUGAUGUCAGUGAAAAUGAUGUUAACCUUGCUGAAACAUUUCAUGGUGUCAUAUAUGGCUUCAAUGUGAAUGCAGGCAGUGUUAUCCAGAAGUCUGCUACAAAAAAAGGAGUAAAAAUUAAACUUCACAAAAUCAUUUACCGUCUAAUUGAAGAUUUGCAGGAGGAACUGAGCAGCAGAUUGCCCUGCAUUGUGGAGGAGCACCCAAUUGGUGAGGCUUCUAUACUCGCUACUUUCUCUGUAACAGAAGGGAAGAAAAAAAUUCCUGUGGCUGGCUGCCGAGUCCAAAAGGGUCAGUUAGAAAAACAAAGAAAAUUUAAAUUAAUCCGUAACGGACAUGUUAUUUGGAAAGGUUCAUUAACCUCAUUGAAACACCAUAAAGAUGACAUGUCAGUCAUCAAAACUGGAAUGGAUUGUGGUCUCAGUUUGGAUGAAGAAAAGAUAGAAUUUAAAGUGGGAGAUGAAAUUGUUUGUUAUGAAGAAAAAGAAGUUCCAGCCAGGACUUCUUGGAAUCCAGGAUUUUAAAACUGUAUUAAAAAAUGUAAACAAUUAAUGGGGUGCCUGGCUGGCUCAGUG